GUACUGGUACUGGUGUCACCAUUUAUCCCUCCCGCGAGAACAGCCACUUUAUUCAUCGUUCAGUACUCGAAGUAUUUACAGGCACUCUCAGAAUAAUGAGGUGUGCCCAGAAACCAAAGACCUUCCUCCUGCAGCCCGUGGAGAAGUCUAAAUUGUACAAAAGGCGCACGUUAUCAGGGGAUAGAUUACUUAAGAGUGACGUGUUAUCAGCAACGGAAAGCCCAAUAAAGUCAGUUCAAUCGGAGUUACAUGUGAAAAAGUUGGUGUGCCACCGUAACCCCAGGGGAAUCGAGCUCAAUCCCAAAAAUCCUGCCAUGGAAUCCACUCAGAACGAGUCAAAGGGACACGGAGUAAUGACUAUCACUCGAAUACCUGUGGAUAUGUCCCUUGGGACAAUGUAUUGUUCCCGGUGCGAAGAGGGAUUUGAGCCCCACGAGAAAAUCGUAAACUCCAAUGGAGAAUUGUGGCAUACGCAGUGCUUCGUCUGUGCUCAGUGUUUCAGGACUUUCCAAGAUGGUAUUUUUUACGAAUUCGAGGGCAGGAAGUACUGUGAGCGUGACUUCCAUGUCCUAUUUGCACCGUGCUGCAACAAGUGUGGUGAAUUCGUGAUUGGCCGAGUGAUCAAGGCUAUGGCAGCUAAUUGGCACCCUCAGUGCUUCCGAUGUGAGAUGUGUGCCAAGGAAUUGGCUGAUUGUGGCUUCAUCCGAAACCAAAACCGAGCACUUUGUCAUGAGUGCAAUGCUAAAGUAAAGGCAGUUGGCCUUGGCAAGUACAUGUGCAACAAGUGCCAUGGGGUAAUUGAUGAUCAACCCCUGCGUUUCCGAGGAGAAGUCUAUCACGGCUACCACUUCAAUUGUACUGCGUGCGGAGUUGAAUUGGAUUCAACUGCGCGUGAGGUGAAGAGUCGUCCAGGAUUUGCAGCUAAUGACAUGAAUGAACUUUAUUGUUUGCGAUGUCAUGAUAAGAUGGGCAUCCCAAUAUGUGGUGCUUGUCGGCGUCCGAUUGAGGAGCGUGUCGUAACGGCUUUGGGCAAGCACUGGCAUGUGGAGCAUUUCGUGUGUGCCAAAUGUGAAAAGCCUUUCCUGGGCCAUCGUCAUUAUGAAAAGCGUGGUUUGGCAUAUUGCGAGAUGCACUAUCAUCAACUGUUUGGAAACCUGUGCUUUGUGUGCAAUCAAGUGAUUGCCGGAGAUGUUUUUACAGCACUCAACAAGGCCUGGUGCGUUCAUCAUUUCUCGUGCUCGGUUUGCGAUGUCAAGAUGACUCAAAAAUCUAAGUUUUACGAAUAUGACGAAAAACCCGUUUGCAAGAAGUGCUAUGAAAAAUUCCCCAAUGAACUAAGACGUCGUCUUAGGAUUUCUCAUGAGAAUACCAUGAAGAAAAGUGAAUAAUCCAAAUGCAUGGAAAUUGUGGUUGAUUGUACAUUAAAAAGUGCUCUUAAUCUUAUUAACAAGUCUGGGUCUUUUUUUUUUUAGAUAAAAUCAGACCUUAUAUGGCAACUUUUUUUGUUAAAUCACUAGUCUCGAGUUCAGUGAGAAACGAAUAAAGCCAAAAUUUGACCAUUUUGCUUCUGUCACAGUAAUUAAAUUUUAUUAAUAGAUUAUUAAAAAAUAUUUUUUCAGUAAUAUUUUACACAUUUUUUUAACACAAAAGUAUUUUAUCUAAACUUUUUUUAAACUAAUUUUCACUAGAAGUUAAUUUAUUAGAAAGUAGAAAGUUUUGAUAAAGUUUUCUCAAGGUUUCGUCUUUUUUGUUUAGGAUUUUAAAACAUUUUUCUUUUACUUAGAUUUUGCGCUAAAAGAAUUAUUUCCCAGUUAUUGAACAAUAACGAACAAUUGAAAAACUUUAAGAGAAGAACUUCCUACGUUUUCUGUUAUAGCAAUAGUGUAUGCCUAAUCUCAAGCUAAUUUUAACAUUUUGUCCAAUUGUGAAAAGCUAACAAAGAAUUUUGUAAAAACUGAAUGUAAUAAAAAAGAAUUAAACUAAAAAAAA